AUGCUCAAGCCUAAUCCCAGCAACAAGAAACUGACUUUACCUCCUCCAACCACACCAUUGCAAUUGACCAUCGUUGAGCGAGAAACAUCGAAGGUGUUUCAGGCUUUCGUCUCUGGUUUCUGGCUUUCGUUUCUGGAAAUCUGUUAUAUGGAUAGGAUAAGUCUGUUGCCUGAUGAGCUGCUCUUGAGAAUACUGUCGCUACUGCCUACUACGAAAGAUGUUGUGGCCACUAUGGUUUUGUCUCAACGAUGGCUGCCUCUUUGGAAGUUAACGCCAAAACUUGUCUACGACGAUAGCUAUCAAAACAUUGAGUAUGGAAAGUUUUCUCGCUUUGUGGACAGGUCUUUGAUUCUGCACGAGGCACCACUAGACACUUUGCAUUUCAAACUUGUUCAAAACUCUAGUGCUGCUGAUGUUGGUAUAUGGACUGCAAUUGCGGUUAAACGCUGCGUGCGUGAACUGAUAUCGAAUCUUCUCCCAGUACAACUCCAGUCACGCUUCCAAGGAGCUUGUACACAGGGGCCGGUUUUAGUGUCACUUAUAGUCAGCCGGGAAGCUUAUGAGUUGUAUUACUUCAGUCAAGGAGGUGUAUCCUACUGUCUUCCACAGUCUUGUACUUUUAAGGCUAUGCACAUGUCAGGCAGAGUGGUUGAAUCUACUUCUGUGUAUGCUCAGAGUGCCAUAAACCUCGCACUGCCGAGCCACGUCCUUGUUGGAAAGAACCAAGUUCGGUCCCUGGGUGUUUUUCAUCGAGUCUUAGAAACUCUGAUAUGGGCAAACUAUGAAGGAAGAGAAGAAGAGAAACAAGUGGCAGCAUUCAUCUUAAGAAGUGCAAAAUUUUUAAAGAAGGCGACCAUCUCCUCCAAAGCAACCGACCCCAACGAGAAACUAGAGAUGAUCAAGGAAUUGUCAUCCUCACCCAGGCGCUCACCUACAUGUCAGCUCAUAUUUGUCUGA